AUUCAUUUCCACUUCUACGUUUCAGCGAUUACAUUCUUCAUUAAUAAACGUUUAAAAUCCGAUUGGGCGGAGUGCUAAAAUAUCAAUAUUGUGUUUCGAUUCGUACAUAGUGGCAUAUUGUUUGUAGAAACGGGAAGUUUAACAAUUUACCAACGAUUAAAUAGCUUAAAUUUGAGUGCAUUCCGUGCGAGUAUCCACUGCAAAAAACGAAGAGAAGAAAAUGGCUGACGAAUUCGAUGUGGAGGCUAUGCUAGAAGCACCAUACAGGAAAGACGAUGAACAAACUGCAUCACCAUACGAUUCGGAUGGCCGAAAACGAGACAACGGAAAACAUCGUUCAAGAAGUGAAUCACGCGGACGUAAUGAAGCCGAUUAUUCGAAACGAAGUGAACGUAAUCGCUCCAGGGAGCGUGAAGGUAAAGAUGAUACCAAGGAACAUCGAAGAUCGAAAGACCGUAAAGAACGACGUCGUAGUCGAUCAAAGGAUCGGCGUCGUCGGAGUAGAUCAAAAGAACGAAGGCGUCGAAGCCGUUCCAAGGAAAGACGUCGCAGUAAAUCAAAGGAACGAAGACGAAGUAGGUCGAAAGAACGCAGGCGAAGUCGAUCACGGAGCCGUAAUGCUAAUGAACGUAAGCGUGUUUCGAGAUCACCACGUCGUCGUUCACCAAGACGCCGUUCACGAUCACCUCCACCCAAAAAACAUCGUUCACCAUCUCCGCGUCCAUUCCGUCGUGGCCGAACACCACCCAAUGGUUUGGGAGAUCGUUCGCCGCCGGAAGAUUUGAGUCCAGAGGAACGUGACGCGCGGACAGUUUUUUGUAUGCAGCUCUCACAACGAAUUCGGUCUCGUGAUUUAGAAGAAUUUUUCUCUAGUGUGGGCAAGGUGCGCGAUAUUCGAUUGAUCACGUGCAAUAAGACGAAACGCUUUAAAGGAAUUGCUUACAUUGAGUUUAAAGAUCCCGAAUCAGUACCACUGGCGCUGGGAUUAUCCGGACAACGACUAUUGGGUAUUCCGAUUUGUGUGCAACACACUCAGGCUGAAAAGAAUCGAAUGGCGAACACAAUGCCAAAUAUUGUACCAAAAAAUCAUGUCGGACCAAUGCGAUUGUAUGUGGGAUCGUUGCAUUUCAACAUUACCGAAGAUAUGCUCCGUGGUAUAUUCGAACCAUUUGGCAAAAUUGAUAGCAUCCAACUUAUCAUGGAUCCCGAAACGAAUCGGUCGAAAGGAUAUGGAUUCAUAACGUUCCAUAACGCUGAAGACGCGAAAAAGGCCCUGGAACAGUUAAAUGGUUUCGAAUUAGCUGGUCGUCCGAUGAAAGUUGGUAACGUUACUGAGCGCUUAGAUGUGAACACAAACACUUCAUUGGAUACAGACGAAAUGGAUCGAUCCGGUAUUGAUUUAGGUGCAACAGGACGAUUACAGUUAAUGUUUAAAUUGGCAGAAGGAGCUGGUCUAGCUGUACCACAAGCUGCAGCAAAUGCUUUGUUAGCCACUGCACCACAACCGCCUCCUCCACCAGUUCAGGCUGCACCAUCGAUUGCGACACAAUGCUUUUUGCUAUCAAACAUGUUCGAUCCGGCUACUGAAACGAACCCAAAUUGGGACACCGAAAUUACAGAUGAUGUUAUCGAAGAAUGUAAGAAACACGGCGGUAUAUUACAUGUCUAUGUCGACAAAAGUUCACAGGGCAAUGUAUACGUAAAAUGCCCAAGCAUUGCAACCGCUGUUCUGGCAUGUAACAGUUUACACGGCCGAUGGUUUGCUGGACGUGUUAUAACUGCUGCCUAUGUACCAUUAGUUAAUUAUCAUUCACUAUUUCCAGACGCAUUGACAGCACUGACUCUAUUGAAUACGACACGAAAGUCGUAAAUGCUAAUACAACACUUUGUUGCAGUGUAAAUAUGAAUUUUCUUUUGUUUUUAUGUAGAUCAGUAAGGUAAUUUAGACAUUUCGUCGUGGCAUUUCUCUGCAGUACCGCGGUCAGUUUGAUAAAGAAUUUCUGUUACACUUCGGGUCGAUAACUUAAUGUAACCAGUAACCACGUUUAAUUGAACAUUCACUUGAGAAGAUUGAAAUAAAAUUUGGAAA